GUGGGGCGACCUUCAGCCGUUGACUUUAUUUUGCAUCUCAAAAAAUCCUAAACUUUUCAUCACUCUUAAAAUUGUUUGCUCUUUGUUGAGCUCCGGAGAAAAUAGAGCAUUUUGCGCGCGGAAUCUUAAAGACUUCUUCUCAGUUCUGAGAAAUUAAGGAUGAUUUAUGAAGUUCUUAAACUGGUGUUGCAAGGUGUUCUAACAGUGUACACACCUCUCAAAGACGCGGUUUUAUGCAUGGAGGGCAAGGCAAAAUAUGUCAAAAAAUUAGAAGACAAUUUGACAAAAAUCACUGCAGAGUUGGCUAUCUUUCGAUCGAAGAAGAAUCAAAUUGAUGCAACACUGGAAGCAAAUUUGUCUAAAGAAAAAAGUGAUGAAUACGAUCUUUUGAUCACGCAGUAUAAAUUUUUCGAAAAAAGAUACGACGAGUAUAUCAACAAGUACCAGCGACUCUGCCAGAAACUCCCGAAUUUUGAGGCUCACGACGCCUCGAGUGCAAACGACGUGAUGAAUGCUCUGCAGGAGAGAAAACCGACCAUCUUGACGUGCAAGUUUUUCAAGCUUGCAAAGCUCAGUAGAAAGACAAUUGAGCUGCUUGAUGGCAUUUUAGAGCUCACUGUCGAAAUGAAACCUGAGAAUGUGUUGCGCGACAAGAAAAUUGAGUCUGUUCAAGUGAAACAUGAUGAUAUUGAUCUUCCUUCAUCCAUUGGAUAUGUUGAAAGAAUCUUGAGGUAUCUCAGUGAAGACGGCAUCAGAUCAAUGGGUAUCUUGGGGGCCAUUGGAGUAGGAAAAACAACUAUCCUCAUAACGUUGAAUAAUCAACUCAAAAAUUCAUCAAUGAAGAUGAAGUUUGAGUAUGUCAUUUGGAUAGAUUGUGAUCAGCAACGGAAUGCAAAAGACGAGGCCACUCAAGCUAUUCAGGAUGUGAUAAUGGAGAGACUGAAGCUAGAGAAAGCAAACAGUGCAGAACAAAAUGCAGAAAUAAUUUCGAAGUUACUUUGUGAUAAGAAAUACAUUCUGUUGAUCGAUCAAGUCUCAUCAACCAUCAAUUUGGACAAGGUCGGAAUUCAUAAAGACCACGAACACGGCAAAGUUGUGAUCGCAUCAAGCAACAGAAAAGUUAUCACACCGAUGAUUGAUGAGCAGGUUGAAAUCCAGCCUCUAUCGGAUAAUGAGGCGUUCGACCUCUUCAAACAAAUUUGUGGUACAAUCGAUGACAAGCGCAUUGAAGACUUUGCUAAGUGCAUAGUGAGGUCGUGUGGAGGGCUGCCGCUGGUGAUCAAGUUGGUAGCUACAUAUUUCAAAGGGGAGACAGAUGAACAGGUGUGGAGUGAUGUGAAGCGCCGUUUGCAAUCCAAUACUGAACACAAUUUACUGAAUUUGCAAGGCGUUGGACAUGCUUACAAGCUAGCAUAUGAUAAGUUAGACGACAGUUGCAAGAAGUGCUUGCUUUUUGUGACCUUGUUCCCAAGCAACCACAAAAUAUACAAAGAUUAUCUUGUGGAAUGUUGGAAUGCUGAGCGCUUUCUCGGAGUCGAUCCACUACUUAGAAGUGCACGAGAUCGUGGAGCAACAACGUUGAGGGAGCUAACAGAUCGGUAUCUAUUGCAAACUCACUCGGACAAGCAUGUUAAGAUGCCAGAAUAUUUCAAAAAAGUGGCUGCUGAGCAAGAAUGUGUAGGUGAAAACGAUGGCCUACGUAGGAGGAUGUCGUUGAUAUGUAGUAAGUCCAAUCUACCAAAUGAUCCAAACAAUGUCAACAUCUCAACAUUGUUGAUGCAACACAAUCGUGGCUUGGUGUCAUUUGAAGAUGAGCACUUUCGCAAAAUGCAAAAGCUUCUCAUUUUGGACCUGCACAACACAAAGAUAGAAUAUCUUCCAAAUUCUAUCACUUUCUUGGUUAGUCUAAGAUGUUUAUAUCUGAAUGGUUGUCCUCUACUUGUUGCGUUACCACCGGGAGUAAAAAUGUUGGAGGAGCUUGAACUCCUUGAUAUUCGGGGAACUUCAAUCUGUUCAUUGCCUGAUGGAAUGAGUGAAAUGGUUAAAUUGAAGUGUUUGCGAAUUUCAUUUGGCCAAACGGGGUGUAGACGCGAUGGGGAUUCUACAGAAAUGGAAAUGAAGAAUAUUCCUCUUGAUAUGAUCAGUAGUCUUUGUCAGCUGGAAGAGCUGACCAUUGAGGCAGGCUGCUGUAGUCGAGGCUGGAAUGAUAUUGCUGAUCAGAUACUCGACAAGCUUGCAAAUUUGGAAAAGCUGAGUACUCUAAAUUUUCACUUCCCAGAAGUGAGUAGUCUUAAAAGUUUCGCUGUUCGCAGCCUAUCACUGCAGAAUACAGAGACACAUUGGGGUGCAAACACUUUAAGGUCCUUCAAUAUUUCUGUUGGUUGUUGUGAGAUGAAACUUCCAUAUGGUGUAGAAAUCUCUCGAGUCUCACCAGAAAGACGGCUGAGAUUCUCCACCAUUGAAGACAUUUCGUCGGUGAAAGAAGUGCUAAGGCAGGCCAACUCAUUUGAACUAGUAGGUUACUCUGGGGAAGGGAGCUUGAGUGAAUUCAACUUGAAAAACGCUGAAACAUUGAAAGUUUGUGUGGUCGGACGUUGUACAAAUAUGAGGAGUCUUGUGGAUGGCAAUAAAAUCAAUGAGACGCAGACGGAAAUCAUGGAAGAAACAAAACUUACAACGAGUCUUGCUGUACUUCAGUAUUUGGAGAAACUGCAUUUAUUUGAUCUUCAAAGCCUGGACUCUAUCUGGAGAGGGCCUGUUUCCUCAGGAAGCCUUGAAAACUUGAAGGAUCUUAUAUUGUUUGGUUGCACGAAAUUAACUACGGUUCUCGAUCAUGAACUAGCGAGAGCUCUUUCAAGGUUAGAACAUGUAAAAGUUGAGAAUUGUUCCAAGGUUGUGGAGAUCAUUGAUGCGGAUGUUGAUUUAUCUUAUGUGCUAAACGAGGUGAAGACUGUCGAACUGGUGAACUUGCCAAUGCUGAGAAGCAUAUGCAAGAGUACCUCCAUGAACUUGAACUGGAAGUCGCUGAUGAGAAUUGUCGUAACACGUUGCAACAUACUGAGAGAUACUCAUCUGAGUUUGAAAAACGCGGAGAAGUUGGAAACGGUUGAGUGUGAAGAGAGUUGGUGGAUUCAAUUGGCAGAGGAAGAAAAACAACGUUUCCUUCCUCAUUGUAAGUUUAUUGUCUUGGAACAAACAUCGGCCAGUGGAAUUUGCCGCGAAGGAGAGUCAUCUUUACAUGGAAGAUCAGCUGUUCUUGCCAGUGUUUCUAAUGGUGUAGUGCCAAGAAAUGAGAACAACAUAGAUUUGGUUAAUCAUGGCCAUCAUGACUUGCCAUCAUCAUCAUCAUCGUCAUCAGAGGGCGUAGAGCGUGUUUCCCAUAAGCCAAAGAACGCCAACGCUCCACCAAGCGCAGAAGCAUUGUCGUCCCUUUCCGGUGGAUAGUUCAAUAUCCUCUCAUUAGUGACAUUUAUCUUGACAGAGAUUGUUGUUGAUUGAUGGCAAGUAAAAGGCCCUUUUUGAUGCAGCAGACAUGUUGUCGAUUUCAUUUAUCGGAUUUCUAACUGCGACAACGUGCUGUGUUUCUAAGCACAGUAGAGGAUCCGCUCCCGUGUAUGCUCGGGCGUUUCCAGCACUUUUUUCCUUCUUUUUUCGAUGGUUCUCCAUUUCUCCUCCGCAGUGACUCGAACCCCCAAUCUCAUAAUUAGAGAGGAAAUGUCUUACCAAUUAAGCUGCGAUUUGUUAUCACCAUAACUGUCCAAGUCUAUUUUUGGGACAACAU